GUCUGGAAAUCUGAAGACUUUUAUAGCAAAACCUCCAGUGUCAAAAUGAACACAGAUAGCGGUGGGUGUGCUCGCAAACGUGCUGCAAUGUCUGUCACAUUAACAGCUGUGAAGAGAGUUCAGAGUUCUCCAAACCUAUUGGCCUCAGGGUCUGAUUCUCAGUCUCCAGAUUCAGCUUGGAGAUCUUACAAUAAUGGAAGUAGAGAGACACUGAAUGGAGACGCUAGCAGUUCAUCUCUUUCAGCAAAAGGUUUUAGGAGUGUGCGGCCAAAUCUACAGGAUAAAAAAUCACCAACUCAGGCACCUCUGCCACCCCCUAGAAAAGCAAGAGUAACUAAUCACAAGAAUGAAAUUAAUCUCCAGGCAGUAACAGCUGGUCCAGCUAAAUACCAUCCCACAGAUACUGCCUAUUACACUAAUGAGAAGUCUGUUCAGGAGACAAUGUCAUUUCAGAUAUCUAACACAAGUGUGUCCUAUGCACAAAAAAUCAUUAAACCACUGACCUCAAACUCCAGUGCAGGCACAAACACAGUAGCUGGUAUAAGUACUACUCUCCAUCAAGGCCAGAGGCAACAGUCUCAAAAACGUAAGGUAUCUACCCUGAAAUUAACCCGGACACGUGACCCAGCAAGUAGCAUUCAUUGUAAUUCACAGCAACAGCUCGAGCCUGUUGAAGAGCCAGUAUUUCCACAAAGGCCUGUCUCACCUGCCUGUAACCCCAUGCCUGAGAUACACACAGCAUCUCUUUCCAUUCAGAUAGCUUCCUCCCCUGACAAUAAAGCAGAGCCUGAAAUCCAAGAACAUCCACCUAGUAUUUCUCCAGACACUUCAAAGAUGUCUUCAAAGGAUUUGGGACAAAAGUCUACAGUUCUUCCUUCUUCACAGGCUGCAGAAUGCCAUGUGCUUGGAAACCAGAAAGUAACUGCCCCCGUGAUGGAGGCUCAGAUCACAGUGAAUGGGAAUUCUGGCACUGCUGCCAGCCCAGUGAGUCACUUUCAAAGGCCUUUUUCCCCUUCUUCAGCUUACUCUCCACCAGCUUCGCUCAAUUCCAACAUUGUUAUCAUGCAGCAUGGCAGGAUGAUGGAGUCCACAGAGACAUACUCACAGCAUGUUCAGAAUGUUGGCAGCAGCACCACCACCAGUACAAUACCAAUCUGUAGAACCUCAGAAGAAGAAAAAAAAAUCACAGUAAUUAAAGCUCCACAUUAUGCAGGGAUUGGCCCGGUAGAUGAAUCUGGAAUCCCUACAGCAAUUAGAACGACAGUUGACAGGCCAAAGGAUUGGUACAAGACAAUGUUCAAGCAAAUCCAUAUGGUUCAUAAACCUGAUGACGACGCAGACUUUUAUAAUACUGCAUAUGCAUACGGUACUGGUAGCUACAGUCCAUCCUUCUCUGCUCAGGCACAUCCAGCUGCAAAGACACAGACGUACAGACCCUUGUCUAAAAGCGCUUCUGACAGUAGCUCCGAUGCCUUUAAGGUCUCGUCCCCUUUACCACCCCCACAUGUGCCACCUCCAGUACCACCACAUCGUCUGAGGCAAAGGUCUACACCAGAAAAAAAUGACUGGGAUCCUCCUGACAGAAAGGUAGAUACUCGCAAGUUCCGUUCUGAACCAAGAAGUAUUUUUGAAUAUGAGCCAGGAAAGUCAUCAAUCCUUGAACAUGAAAGACCGACUGAUCGCAUAAACCCUGAUGACAUAGAUUUAGAAAACGAACCCUGGUAUAAAUUCUUUUCAGAACUGGAGUUUGGACGUCCGCCACCUAAAAAGAUUUUGGACUAUUUUCAAGAGAGUUCUUCUGGUGUUUCCAAUGAGGCUUCCUUAUAUCAUCACUAUUCAACAGACAGAGGCCUGGACAGGCCCUGUAGUUCUGCAAGUACUGCGAGUGACUUCAGAAAGCGAAGGAAGUCAGAACCUGCUGUAAGUCAUCAGAGGGCACACAGUGAUCAGAACGCAAACAGAUCUAACCUGGGCCGUACAGACAUACAAGGCCCAUGUGGCACCCUUAGAAAGCCCUUAACUAGCUCGUCUCCUUCUUCCCCGUCAAGAGCAAAAGGUGGGGAUAUUAGCAAAGUAUAUCCAUCCCUUUUAAGUUAUUCAGUGCACAACCACAACACCUCAAAUGAAUUAGAUUACUGUAGCACUUACAGGCAACAUUUAGCUGUUCCAAAUGAUUCAAGAAGGGCAAUUAGCUACAAGAAUGGCUGGCAAAUGACUCGCCAAAAUGCAGAAGUCUGGAGCAGCACAGAAGAAAAUGCUUCUCCAAAGAGAAAAUCCCGUAGCUGUGAUGAUCUGUUAACAGAUGAUCGUGAUAGCUUUCCUGAUGCACAGGCCAAGGCUGAAAGCAUGGGCUCUCUGUUAUGUGAGGAGGAUUCCAAAGAAGUUUGCUCAAUGAACUGGAACUCCCCAUAUGUUGAGGGCCGUGGUAGUGGUAGGUCAAGAGUUCGUCACAGAUCUGCACAUGAUGCUCCAGGUUUCCUGAAAAUGUACAAAAAGAUGCACCGCAUCAAUCGCAAGGACUUGAUGAAUUCUGAGGUGAUUUGUUCUGUGAAGUCCAGAAUACUGCAGUAUGAAAAAGAACAGCACAAAGGUAUUCUUCAAGGCUGGAGAGAGUCUUCUACUGAAGAGGUGCCCAGAGACAUGGUGCCAACCAGAAUAUCUGAAUUUGAAAAAUUAAUUCAGAAGUCAAAAUCAAUGCCGAACCUUGGUGAUGAAAUGUUGUCAACUGCUACAUUAGAGCCUCCUAAAAAUGGCUUGUGUCCAAAGAGGCGAUUUUCUAUUGAGUCCUUGCUGGAAGAAGAAACUCCAGUCAGACAUCCCUCUCAGGUACAACAGAGCUACAAGUCUAAAACCCUGGUGCCAAUUCAUAUUGAAGUGACCAGUGAUGAGCCACAACGAUCACAUAUAGAUUUUUCAGACAGUGAUCAAGACGGAGUGGUUUCUGAUCUCAGUGACUUUAUCCAGAUAGAGGGUUCAUCCUUUUGUAGUGAAAGUGACUUCGAUCACUUUUCCUUCACAUCAUCUGAAAGUUUUUAUGGAUCAGGCCAUCACCACCACCACCAUCACCACCACCACAGGCAUCUCAUUAGCUCCUGCAAAGGGCGAUGCCCAGCAUCCUACACCCGCUUCACUACCAUGCUAAAACAUGAAAGGGCUAAGCAAGAAACCACUGAAGAUCCAAGGAGACAGGAAGCAGAAUCUGGCCUCUCUAAGAUAGCAUUCCUGGUCAGUCCAGUGCCUUUCCGGAGGAAAAAAAGUGCAGCUCCUAAAAAACAAACCGAAAAGAAAAAAUGCAAGUCAUCUGUAUUUGAAGCACUAGAUUCUGCACUUAAAGACAUCUGUGACCAAAUUAAAGCUGAAAAAAGACGGGGAAGCUUGCCCGACAACAGUAUAUUGCACAGACUUAUUACUGAGCUGCUUCCAGACAUUCCAGAAAGGAAUUCAUCUCUUAAAGCUCUGAAAAAGAGUCCCAUGCACCAGCCUUUUCAUCCACUGCCUCAAGAUGGUGCUAUCCAUUGUCCACUGUACCAGAAUGAUUGUGGAAGAUUACCUCUUAGUGCCUCUUUUCCAGACAUGGAUGCAACUAACAACAACGAUAGUGCACUGUGUUUCCAAGUAGACCAGGAGUCUCCUGGAAGCUAUUCUUCUACUUUCACUGAUGUGGGCCGAUUUACUCCAAGGGAGAGAAGAGGAACUACAGACAAAGAGAAACUGCCAGCUAGAGCUGUAUAUGACUUUAAAGCUCAGACUUCUAAAGAGCUGUCCUUUAAGAAAGGAGAUACUGUCUAUAUCCUCAGGAAAAUUGAUCAAAACUGGUAUGAGGGUGAGCACCAUGGAAGAGUUGGAAUAUUCCCUAUUUCUUAUGUUGAGAAACUUUCUCCUCCAGAAAAAGCACAGCCUGCCAGGCCACCUCCCCCUGCACAGAUUGGAGAGAUUGGAGAAGCUGUUGCCAAAUACAAUUUCAGUGCAGACACAAAUGUGGAGUUAUCACUUAGAAAGGGAGACAGAGUAAUUCUUCUCAAGCGAGUUGAUCAAAACUGGUAUGAAGGUAAAAUACCAGGAACCAACAGACAAGGCAUCUUCCCUGUUUCCUAUGUAGAAGUCAUCAAAAAGAAUGCAUCAAAAAGUGUUGAUGACUAUCCUGAUCCUCCGAUCCCCCAAAGCUAUUCUAGUGACAGAAUACACCAUUUAAGUUCAACUAAGUUGCCUUCCCAAGCACUGUCCCCACUUUCCAGACAACUUUCCUCCUCUUGGUCACACACUGAUCAAAAGAUUCUCCAGGCUGCCACUAGUGACUUGUUUUCAAGGACUGUUGGUGUUUCGCCUUCAAGCACAUGCAACUUAACUUCUCCAUCAGUUCCAGACAGUUUUCUUUGUGACUUAGAAGAACUCAAUUCUUUGGCAUUGUCAGCUUCUCAAACUGUAGCAAUAUCCCCAGGUAAUAGCAUUCACCAAGUUAAGGAUGGUCAUGUUAUUCCAAAUACAGAAGUGUCUCUCAGCUCUUCUACAGCUCUUCCUCUGUCCUUUCUUGUAUCUGCCUCUGUAUCAUCUUCAGCCAGCUCAUCUCAUGACAUAGCAUAUAAGCAUGUCAGCAACAAUACCAAAUCAGGAAAAGAUAAAGACUUGAGAGGUAUAAUUGACCCUUUAGUUAUUGAAGUACCUAGAGACUUGUUAGAUACUACAAGAGAAGGUGAACCUGUUGGUGCUAUCCGUAACAUCCCUUCACCAUAUGAAGGUGGUUCCAUGUCCAGAGUGCUAGCUACAAAUGCUGAAAAUGAAGAGGAAAUCUUUACUGCAGAUCUGUCACUUAAUGUAGAGGAUCAGUCAAAGCCUCAAGAAUCAGAUUUCUACGAAGGAGAACAAGACACAACAGAAGAACUGACAAGACUCUAUAUAGAGGAGGAUCUGGAUCUGGUACAUGACAGUUUAGAAUUCCCAGUAGCAAGUGGAGGAGGCUCUAUGGAUUAUUAUGAAGGAUACAAUUCACCAAAUAUUGAUAAGCCAGCUCUACUUUUUGUGGGAACAUCAGAAGACUCUGAUUCUCCUUUCAACCUUUCUUCUAAUCUUCCACUUCACUCUGCCAAGGCACCUACUUUCCACUCCGUUCCUACAACAUACCUGUCUGUUGCUUCCCUCCCACCUCCCCUCCUCUCUAAACCGUUACAUCAGCAGGAGAAAGACUCACCACAGUUAAAGGCUAAUUUAAAGAGAGAGAGAUUUGUUAUGGGUAAACCUCCUCGUAGCCCAGUGAUGACUAAGAGAUCCUGCAGCUCACCUGUAAGAGGUCACAGCUAUUCACACAGGCCACAGCGCCCUGUGCUUUCUCAUGAAAACAUACACAGUGGGGGGGAACCGUUUCAGGCUCUAUAUAACUAUACUCCUAGGAAUGAAGAUGAAUUGGAGCUCAGAGAGGGAGAUGUCAUUGAUGUGAUGGAAAAAUGUGAUGAUGGAUGGUUUGUGGGAACCUCGAGAAGAACCAAAUUCUUUGGUACUUUCCCUGGAAACUAUGUCAAGAGGCUGUGAAAUUUUUUUUUCUACUUAUUUAUGCUGCAUCUCUGCAACACAUCUGCAUAAAGCUGCUAGAAAACAUGCUACGCUGGCCUUCUGUUUUCUUGCUUGCAGUCUCAAAUAGAGGCCAUCUAGUUCAUCCUCAUCCCAUCCCACCCGCCAAACCGUUCCAGCAGUAUUACAGCAACGACCACAGAGUGAAUAACUAAGCUUUUCUGAGACAAGAAGAAUCAUUUCAGCAUUUAAACACUCCCUGCUUUAAAGUCUUUUUAUGUGAAACACAAUAGGAAAAGCCUGAUGACAGGUACACAGAGGAAUUGCCAUGGGGGGUGGGAGGAAGGGGCGAAAAACUAUGCUUGGUUAGAACAUUUGUGGUACUACCGUGAAGUCUGGUGGGAUUUUUUCAGCAUGCAUGUAAUACAGGGGAAAGUUGCUGUUUACUAUUUUUUAAAAAAUUGUUUGAGUUUCCACAUUCUUACUAGCUUGGCAGCAUUUUUUGCUUCCACUUGCUGUAUCACGGGUUUGCCUAUUGUACUGGUUUACAAUGUAUGACAAACUAUAAUAUAGAUUGUUUGCCUGCACUUGUAUGCUGUAACAUAUGCACAGUGAUUGUAAAAUCUCAAGCAAGCAUAGUGAAAAAUGGAAGAACUGCAAGUGUUCUGAACGGGUGCAAUGGUAUUGGCUAAAUCUUUUUUUUUCCCCCUAACAAACCUGUAGUGUUUUCUGUUAAAAGGUGAGAAGUGAAAAAGGCAAUAAGACUUGGGAAAGAGGAUUUAAGGAAGAGACAGACAGUGGUAUAAGCAUAGACAAUAAUAACCUGCUACUGAUGUCUGAUACUAAAUGGUUGCAAUCAAAAUGUUGUGAUAGUAAGCAACAUGAAAUGUGAGAGGUUAGUGUUUUUACAUAUCAGGAAUUUUAAUAAGCAGAAAGUAAACAGUGUUAGUGCAAUGAGUUGUUGGGUUUGGGGUUUUUUUCCUAACAUAGCCACCUGAAAAAUAUUCACAAGUAUCAUGUACUGAUUUACUUCACUAUAUUUGUAUAUAUAUAUUAAUGAAACCCAAGUUACACAUUCUUUUUAGGAAUUUAGACAGAAAAAAAAAAGUCACAAGUAUUAAAACUGAUACAUUUUAGAGGUGUUUUUUUUCUUUUUUUUUCCUGAAUGAAACAAAGUAUUUGAAAACAUACAUUUUCCAUAAGCAAAGGUAAGCAUAAAAUUAGCAAAUAAAAUUAAGGCACAGGAUGAUAAUGGCUAUGGCUUUAUAAAAAUAAAAAUUCAGAUUUGGUUUCUUCAGCACCUUAUAGAUGGCAAAAGCUUCUGCUGCAUUUCUCAUGGGUAAAGGAUCGAAAUUAUCAAAAUGUAUGUAGUCUCUGUAGCAUUUUGUACAUAUGUUUGCUUUUUUUGUACAGAGCCAUUUGGUUGUUGAUUUUUAAAAAGAAUAAGUUCCUUAUUUGAUCUUUGCCCUCUUUACAUACAGAACAUUUCAAUGCAUUUUUCUUUUCUUGCUCUGUUUACCAUAAGUACAUCUGGAUAGUGCAAUUCUGUAAGAUAGCAUUUUAUGCAAAAUUUUAUUAAUUAAAAUAUGGUUUACCAGCCAAAUCUAAAUGUACAUAUGUCUUUAUUACUGAGAAAUGUCAUUAAGACAAAGGUAAAGAAACAUCUUUGUGCAGCAUACCUUUAUUAUUGCAGAUUUCAUGGCAAAAGCUUUAUAUUCAAAGGCUUUCAAUUUUAAACUAGAUCUGCAUGCAGCUUUGCUGUGAAAUUAAUACCUAUCUUUGAUGCCAUUUAUGAUUGAAGACUUAAAUAUCUGUUGCCUGUGAUAUUUAAAAAGUACUGUUUCUACUCUGUAUCUGAUUUUAGAAAAAUGCAGGUUUUUCAUACCUGACUUUCAGGUAACUGACUUUGAAUUCCUACAAGCAAAAGGUCUCUGUGUUUUUUUUUUCUUCAAUAGACUUCUAAUAAAUUUUGCUUGGAGUACA